AUGGCUAACUGUAAUCUGUUUUUCUCUGACCUUAAGUCCGGUCGAUGCUCAAAGGUUGUCGAAGCUAGGCUCCUGAGGUUCUGGGAAGCUCGGAACAUCAAGCGUGGUGGGGAGCUCAUGUGGAUGGAUUUGGUGAUGGUGGACGUCAAUGGUGCCAUGAUGCAAGCUGUUAUUGGUUUUAGCCUUCUUCCCAAGCACCGUGAAAGACUCACGGCUGGAACCGUGUUCUCUGUCUCUGGAUUUGAUGUCUCCAGAUGUGCCCAAAACUUCCGACUCACUGACUCCCCGUUGAUGAUCCGGUUCAAUGAGAACACCUCUUUCGAGGAGUUGGCGGAACCUGUCUCUCCUUUGCCAGAAGAAGCAUUCCGGUUCCGUAACCAGUCUGAGAUGAUUGGCUUAGCCAACAGUAACACUCAGUUGCCAGACGUCAUUGGUGAACUGGUUAGUGUGAGAAGCACCGUUUCAGACCCUCCGGAGGAGAAGAACCGGGUUAUGGUGACUGUGAAGCUGGAGAGUGAGGAGACUGUCACUCUAAGUUUGUUUGACUCUCAGGCUGUUGCCUUUCAUAGGCAACUAGAGGCUAUCCGUGAUGACCCGAGGGUUAUUGUUGCUACCAUCAUCAAUCCAAAGAUGGUUGGAGGUCGUUUGUUUCUGAAUGCAACAUCAGGAACACACGUGUACUUUGAUAAGAAUACUAUUGCAGGGAGUAACCGAUUUUACCAGGACACUGGACUGCAGUCAGUCGCCCCGCUGUUGAGGUCGUAUGCGAAGGUAGAGACAAUGACCAUUGCUGAGCUAAACGGUUUUAUCGUUUCUGCUGCCUCUCAGGAGAUUGAUUUCCUGUGCACCGGGAGGGUUGAUCGUGUUGAUCUGGACAAGGGGUGGUGUUAUGUGGCUUGCUCUGUAUGCAGCAAGAAAUUGAAGCAGACUGUCUCCGCUUUUACGUGUGAGAGGUGUAAUAACUCCCACGCUGUUGGAACCCUUCGCUAUCGUGUGGAGAUGGCAAUAUCUGAUGAUACUGCCGAGGGAACAUUCGUUUGGUUUGACGGGGUACUGACGAAGCUGCAUAGCCUCAGAGCAAGCGAAGCUGCACAGAUGCUGGCUGCAGACGGGGUGAACCCUGAGGAGACGAUGAUACCACAGUUUAUUGCAGAAAUGGAGGGAAGGACCUACACUUUCCAGGUGAGAGUCAACGCGUACAACUUCACCCAGCAUCAUAAGACAUUCACGAUAACGCAUGUUGCUAAGGAUCAUGGUCGGUUGCCAGUCGAUGAAUUGGAAAACAAUGUGAGUAUUCCGUGUGUUGUGAAAACAAGGGUGCAAAUGUUUGUGGACUAUAUUGCUUAUCAAAAGUGA